AUGGUUCCAUGGGCCGCGACGCGGAGGGCAGCCCGAAGGGCGGGGAGGCGGGACAGGCGGAGGGGCGGCGGGCAGGGCGAAGAAGGGGGGAAGAGGGGGCAGGGGGAAGGGGAGACAGAAGGGACGGGGGAGAGGGAGCCGAACCGGAGGAGGAGGAAGGACGGCGAGAGGAAGAAAGAGGGAAGAGAAGAGGAAAGGCAGAGAGAAAAGCGCAAAGCGCGGAGGGGCGGGAAAGCCAGGGGAGGGGCAGGCAACCGCGACAAGAGCAACAAGGCCAGAAGCGGGGCGGCGGGGGCGGACAGAAAAACAGCGCGGGCCAGGGCGGCGGAGACAACCCAGAAAGGGGGCCCGGGCGGGGACAGAAACCCGGGGGGGGGGGCACGCAGGGGCAGCAGGGCGGCCGCGGCCAGGAGAAAGGCGCCCGCGGGGGCCGCAGAAAACGAACGAGCAGGGGGAGGGAGCAGGACCCGGAGGAGAGAACAGAAGAAAAAGGGCCGCGAGCGCGGAAGAGAAAAGAAAGAGAAAGAAGAAGAGGAAAAGGAGAGAAGGGAACAACCGGACGGGCAGCGGGGAGCGGGGGGCAGGCGGCCGCGCCAGGACGGCGGAAAGGGACGGGGGAACACCAAGAGGCAGGAAAGGAAAGAAAAAAGAACAAGGACGGGAGGGCACGGGGAGGAGAAACGGAAGAAGAGGAAGGAGGGGCCGGAGAAGAGAGAGGGGCGGGAGCGGAGGGAGGGGAGCCAGAGAGGAGAGGGAGAGAAAAAGGCAGAAAGAAAAACAGAAGGAAGAAAGGCAAAGGGGCAAAGGAGGAGGAAGAGGGCGAGGAAGAAGGAGGGACACAGGCACGCAGAGACAAGGGAAGCCAACCCCCAGGGCGGGGACGGAGCGAGGAGAGAAGAAAGGGGCGGCGCGGGGGCCGACGAAGAGAAGGGGCCAGGAGGGGAGGACCGAGAGAAGAGAACAAAGAGGAAGCCCGAGGAAGAAGCCGAACAGGGGGGGCCAGAGGAGAGGGAGAAGGAGAGGCGGGCCAGAGAGAAAGAGGGCGACGAGGGGGGCGGGGGCCAGGAGGAGGGAGAGAAGGGCAAGACCCCAAGGAGCGAGGAGAAGAGCGGGAGGGACAACGGAAGGGGAGACAAAGGCAACAGAGCGCAAGGAAGACAAGAGGAGGGAGGGCGACACAAACGGGGGAGAACAGGGCGAGAGCGGGGCCAAGACGAACGACGGGAGGGAGGGGAGGAAACCCAGGGAAGGCAGAAGAGGGGAAAGGAGCGCCGGGGGGGGAACAACCCCGGGGGGGGGCGCAAGGGCGCGAGGGCGGGAGGCGAGCGAGGAGGGGGAGAGGGGAAGGCGGCCGGGGAGGGGAGGGAAGGGCAAGGAAGGAGAGCGAGAAGAACGCCCAAGGGCGAGCGGGGGAAGCCAAAAGAAAAGCAAGCAGGGAGAGCGCGGAGGGCGAGCCCAGGCGAGGGGGAGGGCGAGCGCGAAAGGGCGGGGGCGGGAGGGCCGGAAGAGGAGGGGGGACGGGGGAGAAGGGAGCGAGGGAGAGGACAGAGAAGGGGGCGGGCAGCGGGAGAGAGAGGGGGCGACGGCGGCGGAGAGGAGGGAGGAGCGGGAACACGGAAGACAGAAGAGAGGAAGAAAGAGGGGAACGAGGAGGCAGACGGAAGGGGCAGACCGCGGAGCAGAGCCGGACGCAAAAAAGGGCAAGGGGCAAAAGGAAGGCAAGGGAGAAAGAGAAAGCGAAAGGGGGGCGGCGAGGGCGAGGGGGACAAAAAGACAAAAAGGCGGGAGGGGGAAGCAGGCGAGCGAGGCGGGGAAGAAGGGAGGGGCCAAGGAGGCGGACGCAGGAAAGCGGGACGGAAGGGAGAGGGGGGAGGGAAGCAGCGCGGGGCGAGGAGGAAGCGGAGGGGGAAAAGCAAGGCAGAGGGGGCGGAACAAGAGAAGGCCGAGGAAGACAAGAAAAAAACAAAGAAGAAACAGGAGAGAGAAGAGAAAAAGGAAAGAGGAAAGGAGAGGAGGCAAGAGGCCCGGAAGAAAGACGACGGAGCCAACGGGAGAGGGGGAGGAGCGCCCCAAACAAAGAAGAGCGGGCGAGGGCGGCGGGCAGACCGGCAGAGAAGAGGGAAGCGGGGAGGCAAAAAAAGGGGCAAACGGGCGAGGACAGAGCCGGGGAAAGAGGAGGGGGGGAGGGGGCGGGAGCGGGACGAGAGGAAAGGCGCACAGACGGGGCGCAGGGGGGGGCCACCGAGCGCAAGAAAGGCGAGGAGGGGCGAAGAACGGCGCGAGAGGCAAGCGAGGGCAGAGGAGAGAACGAGGAAAGACGGGCCGCCCACGAGCAAGGGCGCAAAGGAGGAAGCGAAGGGGGAGGCAACCGGAGAGAAGGAAAACGAGGGGGAGAAAAAGAAGGAAGAGGGGGAGCGGGCGAAAGGAGAGAGAAGGAAAAGGCAAAGGGAGGAGGAGGCCGCGGCG